AAUUUUCUUGAAUUAGACACACGACCAAGAGAAGAAAAAGAAACAUACAAAAAUAAUACGGGAGUUUUAUAAUUUCGAAAGCAUUUUUUCAAUACAAAAAUUCUUUAUAAUUUUUUUAGUUCUUUUAAUUUUAUUAUUGCACAAUAACCUAAAAACAACCAGUUUAAUUAUAAAAUAAAGUAAGAAGUCCACAUUACUAAGGUUAAAUAUUAAAAGAAAACGAAUUAAGAAAAAACUAGAACAAAAAAGUUGACGCCAUUUUGGUGUAUGUGUUGGAGACCUUAUAAAGUGAAAAAAAUAGAAAAUCGAGAAAAAGUGCGUGGAUGUGUUGUUUUUAAAUACAAAAUCCAAAACUUAAAGUGUUCAAAAGUGCAUUGAAAAGAGUUUAAAUAAAUUAUUCCCUACAAAUACUAAUAAACAAUUAAAAGUGCAGCUACAAAAAAGCGUAAUAUUACAAAAAAAAACCCAAUUAAAAGAUACUUUUUACAAAAAAAUAAAUAAAACAAAAAAACCUUAUCAAAUAAUUAACAACAUAUUGAUUGAUGGCAUUCCCUUGCAACACACACACAAAAAGUUAAAAAUAAUAUUUUAAUAAAAGACUUUUUUCCAAACUAACGCUAAACUUUUUUGAUAAAUAAAUAAAUAAAAAAAACAAAAGCAUUUUUUUGUAAAAUACAACAAAUUAACCAAAUAAGCAAUUAAGCAAUUAAGUUUUACAUAUUCAAUAAUAAGUUUAAAAAUAAAACAAAAUAAAAUAAAUUUUUUAUAACUCAAUUAAAUAAAUUUAAAACUACAAACAUUAUUUUACAAACUGUUCACGACGUCCAUCACCAUCGAAAAUGGCGCCCACAACGACUAUCGAGACCAUAACAAUCACCAGACCUUUAAAGGUCAUUGCAUUUAUUUGUGGUGUUAUAGUUGUUUUACUUAUGAUUAUGGCAUUGGCAUCUACCGAUUGGCUAAUGGCUGAAGGUUGGCGUCAGGGCCUCUUUGUACACUGCAUUGAAGAAGAUGUAUUGCCACCACUUCCAUUCAAUUUACAUGAUCCUCCAGGCUGUUAUCCCAGUCGUGAUGUCUUUUAUAUUCGAGCAACAGCUGUUCUGUGUGUCAUAACAUUAAUUACGGAUGUUGUAGCAACAAUACUAACAGGACUCGGUUUAAAAACACAAAAUCACAAUUUAAAAUAUAAAUUUUAUAGAAUUGCGGUAUUAGUAAUGUUAUUAUCAUUAUUAGCUGUUUUAUCGGCCUUAAUUAUUUAUCCUGUAUGUUUUGCCGGUGAAUUAAAUCUGGCAAAUCGACCAAUUUGGGAAUUUGGCUGGGCCUAUGGCGUAGGCUGGGGUGCAGCUAUUUUUCUAUUUGGAGCUGUUGUUCUAUUAUUAUGCGAUAAAGAAUCGGAAGAAAUUUAUUAUAAGGAAAGAAAAAUUGUACAUGAAAACCAAAUGCGCGCCUAGGCCAGGCCGCACGACCUGCCUGACGUCGUUCUUUAGACAUAUAAGUAUACUUUUUGAAUUGAAAACGAAACAAUUUUAUUUAUUAUAAUUAUUAUCAGUUAUUUUUUUCUCUUACUUUUUGUACUACCCUAAUCCAAAAGAAGAAAAAAAACAAACUUCCCUUUCCCAUAACAUUGAACUUAUAUCCCCCACAUUACUACAUAUUUUCAUACACACACACUCUUACUUGAUCCUCCUUCACCCUAUUCCAUGAAAAUUUAUAAGUUUGAGAAAGAUUUAAGAAAACGCAAAAAAGAACACACAACUCCCACUUUUAACUCGUACAUAAGCGCAUUAUAAAAUGGAAUAAAGUAAAGAAAACAAAGGCUAUAAACCAUAAAAACAUAUUUAACAUCAUAGACAUUUAGAAUUGCAUAUAUUACUAUAUACUAAUGAAAAACAAAUUAUUAACAAAACUAAAAACUAAACAAACAAAAUCAUAUGAAUCGUAUACAAAACAUAUAUAAAAAAAUCGUAUAUAUACAUUAAUAUAUACAUAUAUAUAGAGAGAUAUAUAGAGCACAUAUUUAUUUAGAAAUUUAUUUUGUAAAAUUCCCUUUUUUUGGUUUCUGAUAAAGGUUUUUUUUGCCCCUUUACGCUAUAAAAUGUUUUUGAUUUUUGAGUUUAAUUUUUAGAUGCGAUAUAUUCAAAACAAAACCUAUAAUCCUCGUUACAUAUAUUUAUAUAUAGAAAGAAAGAAAAUACAUAUAAAAUAUUUAACAAACAUAUAGAAAUCUUGUCAUAAUAUAUAAUUGCUUGAUAGUUUCUUAAUAUUUUUCACUUGUUUUGUUAAUUUUUAGAAAAUUUCCUUUAAUUUCUUUUUUUUUUCUCAAAAUUACAACAAACCACAAAAAUGUUUAUUAUAAAUAUUUGGCUAAUAUUCCAUGUAGUUUAUGUGUGUAAUUGUGUAAAAGAAAAUUUUAUUAGACAAAAAACCAAUCUGCAAAUUAUAAAAAAAAAACAAAAAUUAUUCCAAAUUUACUAUAUAUGUAUAACAACUUAAAAAAAAACAUUUUGACAAAAAGUAAAAGAAACAUAAUUAAAAAUGUUUAAUAAUAAUAGGUAACCCGGUCCGGUUUAAGCCAUGCUUACAUUAUAUAACCUUUUAAUUUAUUUUUGUUUUUUUUUUAAUUAAUUUUUCGUAUUUAUAACAAAAUUUUUAAACAAAAGUAAUAAAUAUAUUUGUUAAUAAUAUUAUCAAAAUAUUUAAAGCAAAUCUUUGAAUGAACACAAUAUUUAUACCUUUACUAACAUGGCACAAAAUAUUAAAGUUUUUCCAAAUUUCAAAUAAACACCCACCCUUCCCUUUUCUAUAUAGUUUUUUUAUAGAUUGAAAAUAAUUUUAUACAUACAAUUUUGUUGAGAGCAAAAAGUUU